CUCACAACCCAUUACGCUGCAUUAAAGCUCCCUCUAAUUCUCGACUCGUAUUACAAGCUCAUUGUUGAGUCUGCCUGAGAGUGACACACACACACACACACACACACACACACACACACACACACACACACACACACACACACACACACACACACACACACAGAGAAUGAGAGAAAGGGCAUGUCGGCUUUGCUCCGCUCCUUUUUCAUCCCGCCACUUUGCUGCAUUUAAGUGGAAUAUUGGCUGGGUUCAGUCUCUCUUCUUCACACUCUCUCUCUCUCCUCCCUUCAUCCCUCCAUUCCCCCUUCCCUCCUCCUCCUUUUCCUUCCCUCCUCCUCCUCCUCCCCCCCUUUCACUCCUUGCCCUUUGUAGAAGUCUGGAUCACAUUUAAAACCACAUGUUCCUGUGUGAGCAACUGAGCCUGGAAGUCGGCAAGCAGGAAAUGUGGUGACAGCAGAGUGGGACUGGAGCACACAGUAAUGGGACAGACAUGCACGCCUCCCAGACGGCCUAGCACGCAUUGGAAGCUGAACAAGACUGGAUGUGAGCCCAUGGCGGAUUUUCCAAACACACAUAUAGUCUGACACAUCCGGAUCUGUGGAGACACUGGGCCAAAUCUGGCCAGUCCAAGACGGAUGACAGCAUCAAGAGGUUGUCCUGAUCAGAGAGAAUCGCAGACAAAAAGGAAAAAACUGAGAAGCCCAGAGAAGAGCAGCGCAGAUUGAUGUCUCUUUCUCCUCCUCUUUUUUUUUUUUUUUUUUAAAGAGGAGAGCCCAUUUGGCUCUGGAAAGCUCCUUUUGACAGGUCUCUACUGGUGCGCCUGUGUGGUCCUGUGUGAGAAACCUGCUUUGUGAUUUGUGAGCGUGCGUGAGUGUAUACACAGACUGGCCUUGCUUGGUGCUCAAUCGCUGGACGGUACCCUGGAGAGCAAGUAGCAGAAUGAAGACACAGAAAUGUGCUGGACUUCACAUGUUGUUACUCCUGUAUGUCAGACUGAUGCUGGCCGUGGACGCCUACAGACCCCAGAGAGACAUAAACCAGGAGAGGUGGGAACAGGAACUUAGGGAAGCUGGGAGUCUGGAUGAGCUUCUGAUGUUGACCGAAUACCCGGACUGGAAGCUGUGGAGAUGCAGACUCAAGCUGAAGCACUUUGAAUAUGGCACUCCGGCUGAGAACCGCAGGUCAACACGCUAUGCUGCCACAUCAUUCAGCCCAGAGAUGCUAAAAGAUAUUGAUGACGAAUGGCAGAAAACCCAGUGUAUGCCCAGAGAGACGUGUGUAGAUGUGGCUAAAGAGCUUGGCACCAAUACAGCUGUGUACUUUAAGCCCCCGUGUGUCUCUGUCUUCAGGUGUGGCGGCUGCUGCAACAAAGAGGGAGUUACCUGCCGUAAUACAAGCGUGACUUAUGUCAAUAAAACUAUUUUGAGUGUGAGUCUGGCUCCGUAUAAAUCUGGACCAGAGCCCGUGCUGGUGAAAAUUGCCAAUCAUACUGAGUGUAUGUGCCAGGAACACGCGCUGAUCCGCAGACAUGUUCGUGAGAAGCACAAGAAGAGUUGCUCUCCUACACUUAAGCCAGAAGACAAGAGGCUUUGCAACAAAGGUUUAAUAUGGGAUUGGAUGGCGGAGCAAUGUGUGACAUACCCCUCCAGUAAACAAGAGCCUCCAUCUACAGUCAGUGAGGAGGACUGUGAGAUUGAUGUAGAGCGAUGUGAAUGUAUUCCAAAAGUAUGGACACAAAGAUUACACCAUACGUGACACGAUUCCGCAAUUCUUCUGAAGCUGCAAGAGAGAAAACAAUGAUGAACACAACGCCCUGACAAUCUCCUGCAUUUGCCAGUGCAGAGACUGCAAAACACCAUUUAAUUUAUUUAUCUCUCUAUUUAUAUUAUAAAAAAAUACUUUUAUUAACAUUUAUUCACACAUCUCAUCAGUAACAUGGCAGUGAUAGCUUUCUAAAUAUAAAAACAACGCUGCUUUUCCUGUCUGAACAUAUGAAAAAUGAUAUCUGAGGAAAUGUCUCUUUUGCACUGAAGACAAUGUUUCACACUAAAGAAUGUGGAAUUUCUUAGAUAUAGUUUAUAUUUAAAACAGGUAUAUUUAAGUAUAAAUUAUAAUUUGUCAAAUUAUUCCCUAGUGGGCUUAUAUGGAUUCCAUCCAUGAGAGGACUACAGUACAUGCAGGAUGGUGUACAGAAGUACUUCAUUACUUGACAUUCAUUGAGAAAAUGGCCAGGCCUCUGUUUAAGUCGAAUAAUUUCGUAAAG